UGUUUUCCCGGAGUUUAUCUCGCGUUGAAUGGAUUAUACACCUGGAAGGAAGUUGUACGGAAAGACCAUCCUCGCAAAACGUACCUCCGGGUCACGUUCUCAAUCAAAUUGGGAGGCCCGACCAGAUGAACCAUCAGUAGUAAGGGGGAUCACUCCAUCAAAGUCGAUACAUCUGUGUGCAGAAGCCAGUAACAUUACACUGUGUAGUCAAUGUUGCAACGGCUCACGACUGCCGACCCAAGCAUCCCAUUGGGCUCAGACCCCUGUGGGUCCGCCCCCGGUAAAUGGCGUGAAAUAUAAAAGCUGGAACACCUGCAAGCCGCUGGAAAGAGGCGUGGUCGCUCACUGGAGCGAGGGAGUUGACGGUUGCUCGCUUAAGCACGACUGCGUUGUCUACAGCGAGAGAUAUGAAGCUCCCAGUACCCCUUGUGAUCCUCUGUUGUAGUCUAGUCAACAUGCUCCAAAUUGAAGCAUCAGAGACAUUGAUUGUACCAGAAGUUGUUAGUCUGACAGUUGACAGCAUUCAGACAGUUAAAAUUGUCAUAAGUGUUCCACUGCUAGAGGCUGUAGUCAUCAGAUUUUCUGUAUUUUACUCAUCUAAGCAAACUAAUAUUGUUGAGCUCCCAGAACAAGUUCUAUUACCCCAGUUUACAAGCUCAUCAUCCUUCCCAGUUAAAGCAGUUGAAGUUGGACAAGUCAGCAUUCACCUUCAGUCUAACAGCAGCAAUCUGACCAGGGCUCCAAUACACAUUCAUUUUCUGGUGGUGCACAGCCAUGUCCUGAAGAUUAUAAAUAUGUUAAUUGGUUGGAUUUACUUCCUGGCAUGGUCCAUCUCUUUCUACCCCCAGAUUCUUGAAAACUGGAAACGUAAAAGUGUAAUUGGAUUGAAUUUUGAUUUUCUGGCAUUGAAUCUAACUGGCCAUUUGGCAUAUGGAGUGUUUAACAUUGGCCUCUUCUGGAUUCCCUGUGUGAAGAAACAAUUUCUUCAGUGUCAUCCAGAUGGAGUGAACCCUGUGGAAUCAAAUGAUGUGUUUUUUAGUCUCCAUGCUAUCUUGUUCACUUUCAUCACCAUCUAUCAAUGUUUCAUUUAUGAGCGGGGGUCACAGAGAGUGUCUAAGAUUGCAACUGGAUUUCUCGUAGCUGCAUGGCUACCUGCUAUAAUCUUCAUCAUCCUGGCUUCAAGUGGUCAAAUAACAUGGCUCCAACUUGUCUACUAUUUCUCCUACAUCAAACUAGGCAUUGUCCUCAUUAAAUACAUUCCUCAGGCUUGUAUGAACUAUCGAAGGAAAAGUACAGAUGGCUGGUGCAUUUGGAACACACUCCUGGACUUUGUUGGGGGUAUUUUCAGCCUUCUACAGAUGUCCUUGCAGUCCUACAACAAUGAUGAGUGGAUGCUGAUCUUUGGAGAUCCGACCAAGUUUGGCCUUGGACUGGUAUCCAUCUUGUUUGAUUUCAUCUUCAUGGUGCAGCAUUAUUGUCUGUACAACAAAGCCAAAGCCUACUUGUCUCUGAAUGAUGGAGAAUCUUCUGUGAGCUAACACCAGAAACCUCUUUAAUAUGGUUCAAUUACUUGGUUUGUAUAAUUCACAUUGGGCCAUAAUGAUUUGCAAUAGAACUGCACAAGUUAUGAUGCAGGAAUUUUAAAAGGCUAUUUAACAAAUCUGAGCAUCUCUACCUUUGACCCUCAUCCAGCCCUAUAUCAGAAAAACAGCUGCUAGAGAACCUUUAUGUAACUUUGAUCCUGGAAUAUAUGUAUAACUAAAUCCAUUUAAAGCCAUUGUUUCCAGUGGUGUGGGUUAUAAUGGAGUAACUACUUUGUUUGGGAAGAUGCACCUUGGAUGAACCUUUUAUACGUGGUGUUUCAGAUUGCCCAAUUUUUUAACCAGUUCAGUUAUUCUAAAAUUAACCACAAGACUGAAAUGCAAUUCACCAAUUAAACACUUUCCUAUUUGCACUUGCUCCCAUUGGCAGAAUGACCCAGUUUGGUUCCCCCUUUGUGGUGACUUUGCACUGCCCUGUCCCCACUUGUGACAGCCUGGAUAUUGAGCAUACAACUGGCACCUCGCAGUUUGCAAUGGCUAAUGGAUCUUUAACUGUCAAAUUGUCCUGUUUGGUCUUCAUGUGGAUUCAAAUCCAGUCUUUGUGCCAGGACGCAACAUGUGUUGAACUCUUGUUCUGUGUAAAUAAUUGGCUUAAAGCUGUGUUU